AUGCCGUGUUUCCUUGCUUUAGUCGCAGUGCUUUCUUUGCUUUCCAGGGCAUUGGCCCUGGUAAGGCCUGAUGGCGUGGGCAAACUGCCUGCAUUGGGUUGGAAUAGCUGGAAUGCAUUUGCAUGCAACAUCGAUGCUCCCAAAAUCCUGACUGCGGCGGAAGAAACGAUCAACUUGGGCUUGAAGGAUGCAGGUUAUGAAUAUAUUAACAUUGAUGACUGCUGGUCCGUCAAAGGUCGUCGAGAUCCCAAUACGAACCGUAUGAUUCCGGACCCGACAAAAUUCCCAGACGGCAUUGCUGGUGUCGCAUCCAAAAUCCACGACAUGGGGUUAAAGAUUGGCAUUUAUAGCAGUGCCGGUACGGAAACAUGUGCCGGCUAUCCCGCAAGUCUGGGAUAUGAGAAAGUCGACGCUGAGAGCUUUGCCGAGUGGGGCAUUGAUUAUCUAAAAUAUGACAACUGCGGCGUACCCACUAACUGGACCGACCUAUAUACCCACUGUGUGCCAGAUAACACCAAUGGACCGAAAUUUCCCAAUGGAACUUGCCCCGAUAAUCCUAACCCACCACCGGCCGAUUACGACUGGAGCCGUUCUAAAUCUGCCCAGAGAUAUGAGGCUAUGCGCGAUGCCUUGCUGAGUGUCAACAGACCUAUCCUCUAUUCGUUGUGUAACUGGGGCCAGGCAGACGUGAAUGAAUGGGGCAAUGUAACGGGGAACUCAUGGAGGACGACGGGCGAUAUCACUCCCCACUGGAGCCGCAUUGCCGAAAUUGCCAACGAGAAUUCUUUCUUCAUGAACUAUGCCGAUUUCUGGGGAUAUCCAGAUCCUGACAUGCUAGAGGUCGGCAAUGGAGACUUGACGUUGGCAGAGAAUAGGGCUCAUUUUGCUCUCUGGGCUGUGAUGAAGUCUCCACUUAUCAUUGGAGCCCCUCUUGAUUCUAUCAAACAGGAACAUGUCGCCAUCCUGAAGAACAAAUACUUACUCGCCUUCCACCAAGACCCGGUAUUCGGUCGACCGGCCUACCCUUACAAGUGGGGAUACAACCCUGACUGGACAUUUGAUCCAGUUCAUCCGGCGGAAUACUGGUCGGGGCCAUCUUCGACCCUGGAUGGAACGCUGGUCUUGAUGUUGAACUCCGAGGACAGUGACCAAACCCGGACUGCAGUAUGGAGUGAGAUCCCUGAGCUGGGUGGCUCCGCUGGGAAGGAUAGUGGACAUCAGGUAACCGAUGUUUGGACGGGCGAGGAUCUAGGUUGUGUGAAGGGUGAAUACAGCGUGGAAUUGCAGCGUCAUGAUGCUGCUGCUUUGGUAGUCGGACAGCCGUGCUGA